AUGAAUUUUUAAAUAAUUCAAACAAUCACAUUUUACUUUUUCAUCUGGGUCAUCAAACCCAUUGCAAAUGUAGGAUUAUCAUUGACUUACUAUUCAGCCUACAUAGCAAUCCAUUUGACAGACUAUGUCCUUUCAUUAUUUGUCAAAGAAUGUGAAUCAAGAAAUCAAACCUUUUUGCAUAAACUUCGUAAAAUACUCAACAAACACAAACCCUAUCAGGGAGUAUAUACUCAAGCAAGUAAAUUUUUGAAAAUAUAAUAUCUAUAGCUGACAUCAUAUCAGAUUAGGGUUACAACUUUGAAAGCCACAAAAUAAUUACGGAAGAUGGUUAUAUUCUCACAAUAUGGAGAAUCUACAAAGAUGCAACUCAUCCACACCCUCACCCCAUCAUUAUGCAACAUGGCUUAUUAGAUAGUUCAUGGUCUUGGCUUAUCAACAACGAUAAAAAGUUAACCUUGCCAUACAUUUUGGCUGAAUAAGGCUAUGACGUAUGGCUUGCAAAUAAUAGGGGCAAUAAAUAUUGUAUUGGACAUACCAAAUUCUAAAGUGUAAACUACAAUCAACAAUAUUGGGAUUGCUCCUUUGACGACCUAGCCAAAUACGACUUCAAGGCCAUAGUGUUAUAUGUGAAGAGUGUCACUCAAAGAGCCAAAGUCAUAUAUUUGGGUCACUCUCAAGGAACUACUCAAGCAUUUGCUUAUCUCUCAAAUAACAUUGAAUUCCAAAACCAUCUUAAAUGCUUUAUCGGACUUGGUCCAGCCAUGUUCAUUUCUAAUUUAGUAUUCAUUUGAUAUCUAUUUUAUAGCGAUCAACCUUUUUGUAAUGGGCGAUUAAGUUGUACAUAUUUGAAUUGAUCUAUUAUUUGGGAAUCCCCUAUUUCUUUGUUUUUGAUGAUGGAUUUAACAUUAAAAUCGGGGCUCUUUGUUAUAUGAUUCCCUCUAUAUUCAGGAGCUUCUUCUUUGAGGUUACUAAUCAAUUGUGCGGAUUUCCUUAGAAAAAUAAAAUCGAUUUGAAUCGUUUUGGUAAUAUGGUUGCUCAUGAGCCUGGAGGUUCAGCAUCUAAGAAUAUCGUAUAAUGGUAAAGACCUUAAUAAUACAUAUUUUAGGAUGUAAUUCUUUAGAUCGAAAUAAUUGUAAUACUUUGACUAUGGGGCUAGUUAGAAUUUGGUAUUGUAUGGAUAGAGAGAUCCUCCUCCAUAUCCAGUGGACAAUUUGAAGAACUUUACAAUUCCUAAGUACUUUUAUUUGGGAACAAAGGAUGUAAUUACAGAUACGGAUGAUUUGGGUAAGAUGUUAAAUAAGUUGGAUUAAACUCAUAUGAAGGUAGAGUUCAUAGAUGAUUAUGCUCAUUUGGAUUAUGUGUGGGCAGUUGAUGCUCAUGUUAAAUUGUAUCCAUCCAUAUUAAAAAACAUCAAGGAGAAUUAAAAUUGAUCAGAAGAGUGAUUAAAUUUAAUUAAUAAUAUAUAG